AUGGGAGAACGCUUUCAACAUAGUCGAAUUGGCCUUUCCUUUUGCUACAGUCCACUUGAACUGGUUCUUUUGUUGCAAUAUCCGGUGGGCGAAAAGCCAAAGCUCCGCCAUGGCGCUGUCAUUGCCGAUAAUACUGCAAAUAAUAACAAUUCCACAGAAAUAGAAAGAAAAGUUACCUUGUUUCAUUCCAAUAUGAAGCCACUUCAAACUUUGGCAGGACAAGCGUUGCGUUUAACAGCCGAGCAAUUCCCACACCGUCACAGAAAUGCAAUCACAACACUCAAAUUCAAGAAACAAGCAAAAGAAUACUGA